AUGGCCCCCAAAGGUUCCUCUCUGCUCGCCGCUCUCGCUAUCCUCGGCAGCGGCGCUGCGAAUGCCGCCACCGCCGGCGUCGACGUGAGCUGGCACGCGCCCGCCAAGUCGGACGUCAACGACCUCGCGACCGUCAUCAACGGCGAGGGCGUCUGGGGCUUCAUCUACGAUACCUCCGAGACCCCUGAUGACAAGUAUGGCCAGUACAACUGGUGCAACAUGCCCCAUGUGCGCAAGACGGAGUAUGUGAAGCCAUCGGACGAGUACGAGCUCAAAUACGUCGAACUGGUCCAUCGCCACCACAAGCGCACGCCUUACGCCGCCAACGCCUUCCCGGUGGAGUCGUACCAGUGGAACUGCGACGAGCAGGGCCUCUUCUACUACGGUGAGCCCUUUGCCAGCGGCAACAAGCCGGCAAAGACGUACUGGAAGGUCUACAUCUCCCCCGUCAACCCUUUCGUCCCCGCGGGCUGGAUCGGCACCUGCCAGUUCCCCCAGAUCACCGCCCAGGGCCUCGACGACUCGUGGCUCCACGGCGCCGACCUCUACGGCGUCUACCACGACCUGCUGCGCUUCCUCCCCUCCCGCGACGCCGUCAACUCCCCCGAGUGGCGCCGCCAGGUCAAGUACCGCGUCACCAACAACCAGAUCACCAGCCAGGUCGCCGGCAUGGUCGUCAACGGCAUGUGGGGGACCACUGACUCCCUCGCCCUUGGCAUCCAGGCCGCUGGCGUCGACUCCCUCGAGCCGCAGUACGCCUGCCCGGCCGGCUCAUCCCUAUUCGACCGCAUCAAGUCCUCGUCCAACGCCGCCUGGGCCCAGCAUCUCGCCGCCGCCGGCCCGCUCUACGCGACGCUCGACGACAUCUCGGGCGUUCCCGUAGACGACGCGGGCUUCCACGUCUCCCUGGACCACUACUACGACAACCUGUCCGCCCGGCAGUGUCACGACAAGUCCCUCCCCUGCAAGCUCGUCGACGGCGUCAACAGCACCACCUGCGUCACCCAGGACCUCGCCGACGCGGCGUACCGUUUGGGGCACUGGGAGUACUCUCAGAUCUACCGCGAUGCUCCCGACUCCCUUGCCGCCAGCGUCGCGACAUGGGGUGUUUGGAUCGCCGAGCUGGCCACGCACCUCCGCGCUGCUGUCAAGGGCGAGAGCGAGACCAUCUACUACCACAACGUGGCCCACGACGGCUCCGUCUCGCGGCUGCUCUCGAUACUGCAGAUCGACAACAUGGUCUGGCCCGGCAUGGGCUCCGAGGUCGUGUUCGAGCUCUACAAGAAGAACGCAGCCGAUGGCGAAGACCCACCUGCCACAGCCACAUCCGUACCAGGCUCUGGUGUCGGUGUUGGUGUUAGUGAGGGCGGCUGGUACGUGAGGGUACUCUGGGGCGGCCAGGUCUUGAAGUCGUCUAGUCCAGCUUUGGGCCUUAUGGACAUGAUCCCCGUCGAGGCGCUGCUGGCAUACUUUGACGGGCUGGUGGGAGAGAAUGCCAGCCUUGUCAAGGGCAAAUGCAGCGCCUGA